UAAGCGCGGUACGUACGUAAACCCCACAGGAACCACACACACACCGCCAACCAUGCUGCCGCUCAUCCGCAAGUACUCGCCCCUGUUCGGCGGCUCGCUUGUGGACCUGACACAGGUGGAGGAGGAGCGGACGCCGCCCGCGGAGCCAGCGGGGCUGCGCAGGGUCAAGACCGAGAGGGGGAAGCCGAAACAGGGCAGGCCGCGCAAGAAGGAGCCUCUACGGGCCACCAAGUCCCAUCCCAUCGGCCGGCCCGCCCCGCAAAGCCCCUUCGUGCCGCCCGCGGUUUACCUGCAAGACUACGAGAGUUGCCAAAAUUCGGACUCCAGAAGAGGCGCCUUCAGCAGAAAGCACUACGGCUCUGUGGAACUGCUGAUCUCGUGCACGGCGGACGGGGCGGUGCAGGGUGCCGGCCGCUUCCGGGUCGAGAACGGCGAGAACAAUGAGGCCUUAUCGGGCGGAACCGGAAGCUCGAACAUCGCUCUCCUGGAGAACCCAGAGUGCCAGACCAGAUGGUACUUCAAGUACUUCCUGGGCAAAGUUCACCAGAAUUACGUGGGCCUGGACGAGGAUAGGAGCCCGUUCUUCCUGUCCAUCGUGCUCACCGAUGCCAACAACCACAACGUGCCACAGUACAGGGCCAUUCUCUGGAGAAAAACGGGAACACAGAAGCUCUGCCUUCCCUACAACUGUAGCAAGCCAUUGUCUAUCAAGUCUAUACUUAGCUCUUUCUCUUUAGAUAAGAUGGAGAGAGGACCAAAAGAAAUAUUAAGUGCUGAAAUACAAAAGGAUCUGCUGCAGCUGGAAGAACAGGAGGGCGCGGUGAAUUUCAAGUUCGGGGUUCUGUACGCCAAGUCGGGCCAGACGACGGACGACGAGAUGUUCAGUAACGAAUGUGGAAGCGACAAUUUCGACAACUUUGUGCAAAUUCUUGGUGAAGACAUCACGCUAAAAGCGAUGGGACAGGUACGCGGGGGCCUUGAUACAAAAAAUAACACAACAGGCAUCAAGUCAGUCUACACAGUGUACCAGGGUCACGAGAUCAUGUUUCACGUCUCUACCGCUCUUCCCUACUCCAAAGACAACAGACAACAGGUUGAGAGAAAAAGACACAUCGGAAACGACAUCGUGUGUAUCGUGUACCAGGAGAUGGAAGAUGAGGAAGACGAGACGCCGUCCUUCAAACCAUCCAUGCUCAAGUCUCACUUCACUCACAUUUUUGCUCUGGUCACUUUCGACAGAAGAAACGAAUCUUAUAGACUAACGGUGUUCUCGGAGGAAUCAGUGCCUUUAUUUUACCCUCCGCUACCUUCUCCGCCGGUCUUCAAGGAUCUACAGGAGUUCAGGGAGUUUCUGCUUGUCAAAUUGAUUAACGGAGAGAAAGCCGCCCUGAACACUCCAGCGUUUGCCGAGAAGAGACAGAGAACGAUGGAUAUGCUGAUCAAGAAUCUGCACCAGGAGUACAUGCAGGAGAUCAGCAAGAGUCCGCUCAACCUUCGCUCUCUGUCUGAGGUGAUUCCGGAGACUGUGACGUCCAUCAAGACCAAGAAGAAGGAAGAGGCGCGCCAAGCAGAAUUUCUUAGAGUAGGACAGGAACUAAAGUUGAACACAAUAGUGAAGGGAGACGCGCCGACCAGUAUGGCCACGACUGGACUGCUGUCGAAACGAGAGCCGUGGGAGCCACAAGUUCUGCACUACGACUUCCCCCACCAGGUUCUGUGCGGGGACUCCUGGGGAGAGAGUCUUGUUGUUUCAACUGAGGCAGGCUGUUUCCUCAUACAAGAAGAGGCGACCCCGAGACUGCUGUUUGACAAGUCGGUGCCGAUCAAACAGCUGAGCGUGGUGGAGCACCAUGGGCUGCUGCUCUUCAGAGCAGACAAAGGAAAAGAGUGCAAAGUCCACGUCUUUCGCUUGUCGGACUUUGAAGGUGGCUACAACGAGGCCCUCGUGCGGACGAAAGCAGACUGCAAGGACCACAGACUGGAGAGAACGAAAGGUUGCCACCUGUACGCGCUGAGCCGGCCUGGUGGAAGCUUCCUGCGCAUGGUGGUGGCGAUCAAGAACAAGCUGCUGCUGCUGACAUGGAAGCACUCCGUGGCCUGGACAGCGUGGAACCCGUCAGCUGACACAGACACUGUGGAGGGGUUCAAUUACAUCAGGGAGCUGACGAUUAACGACGUACCGAGCGUGGUGACGCUGGUUGACGGCGGACGGCAGGACAACAUGAUCUGUGUCGGGUACAAACACCAGUUCGACAUCGUUAACGAGAAGAACGGGAACACCUACAGACUGCAUCAGGUGGAGGGCAAUAAGGUGGAACUAACAGAUGCCAUAGACGUGUAUGAGGACGGAGAACCCAAGGUGCUGCUAUGCUACAACCACGUGUGCCAGUUGAAGUCCCUGUCUGACGCAGAAGAGACCACCAAUGGUUUUGAGUUCGGCUGGAACAGCGAGCCUCAUGGAGUUGUGUGUGCCUUCCCCUACAUCCUGGCCUUCACGCCCGACGCUAUAGAGAUCCGCCUGCUGGUGAACGGGAACCUGGUCCACAGCAUGCCCAUGCCCAUGCUUCUCCUGGUCACCUCAAAGUUUGACCUGUACUUCGUCUCGGCGAAGGACCCCAUCUCCAGCUGUAAGGACAACAACAACGGCAGCACCAGUCCAACCAUCAGCUUCUCCCCACCCACAACCCCCACUACUGGGAAGGCGGAGCACCACUGGGGCAGAGCCCCUGUCACCAAGUACUGCGUGUACCAGAUUCCACUCAGCUCAUUGGUCGGCCACGCCACGGAUCGCGCAUGCGUCAAGCACGGCCCGGUGCCCGCCAUGAUGUCGCCCCUCGUACGGAUCGACGACACGGUGGUGCGCAACCGGCGGGAACUCUUCAGCUACGGCCCGGGGCCACAGAAGGGACACACGCACGGCCAGCACCACCCUCACCUACACCCGGGACUAGGGAAAGCCUCCACCGUGGAUAAAACCUCCCCCGCCACCCCUACACCACCCGGCCGCUUCCUCUCCCGUCCCAACCGCCUGGAGUCCUGCAGCUCCGAACCUGACCCCUCCGUGACCUUCAGUCCACCCCCCUCCCCCUUCCGGUUCUCCUCGGUGGAUCAGGAGGAGGACAUUGACCUGAAGUAACCUAUGACCUUCCUAACGAGGUUGAAAAAUCAGUAUCAUGGUAAUAUUAUCCAAACUUAUAGUUGCCUAGUCUUUCUCUUCCUCUCUGCAAAUUACUUAACUUGAUCCGAUAUUAUGGUGAACUUUCGUGCAAAGUUGAAUGCAGUGCUGGAAGGCCUGAACCGUACAUUUUGAGUGACAAAAUUCACCACUAUUUGCAACAAUGACGAAAGAGACUCGGUAACUAUCAGAAGUUUGAAUACCAAACUCAUAAACCAGUGGGACUCGUGUCAGAUGAAAAGUCAGUGAGAUUGUUAACAUUCCGUUUUGGGAUAUUUUCCUGAAUUUUAUCGCAGGAUGGUCUUGUUAAAAAAAGAACAAGCUUUCUUUCAUAUUUGUUUAUUUUUCUGAAUAUAAGAGAUGCUUUGACUGUGUUAUUUGUGGAAGCUUAAUGAUAUGUUAUUUGAUUAUGUGCAAUGUUUGUAAAAUUCUUGUUCGCCUGGUCCGUUUACCCUUGUCGCAGUGCUGAACUGAGAAGUUGCCAUUGUGAAUAUUGGUGAAGUGAGACAGGAAAUAACGUCAUCAUACGUCACUUCCUUUAGCCUUACAUAGGCCAAGUGCAGUUGAAGCAAGACUUGUUAUGUGUUUAAAAAAUGGAAGUCUUUUUGUUGUCAAAGUCAAUUAGUGAGAAUAUUUAUUACGUUUUGGGGCGGCCUUUGGUUCCUAGUAUUACCUGAUGUUGUUCUUAGAAGUUCUUUUUCUAUCCGAAGUGGAUUUUUACUCGAUGUUUUUGUACUUAAUAUAUGGUAAUGUUUAAUACCUUUACUGCGGUGCAGAUAAAUCUACUAAGUCUCUCCCAUGGAAAUUAUAAUGUUUAAAUUUGUGCAAUGUAGUAUGAUAUAGUAUGUUUGACAUUUUAAUGCGUUUGGUGUAAAAGUUUUGUAUAAUUGAAAGACCAAUGGCUUUAAGUUACUAACGUAAAUAUUGAAGCCAAUAAAAGUGAACAAUGGUAUUGACAAUGGGGGGAGGCGACAUUCUAUUUCUAUAUAAAUUCUAGUCCCUCUGUCUUCCCGAUGUCCUCUGAAAAAAUGGUCUAACCCUUUUCACUGAUACGAUUGGUACUCCAACCACCACUGUUCAUCAGUAAACUCGUUCAACUACUUGAACUAAACAUUACGUAGAUUUUGCAGAGGAGAUAUUUAAAGUUACCAAGAUAAAAGUAUUGGUAAGUUAAUGGUUCUAUGAAACGAAAGAGUGGCGCAUGUCACUAUUGCCAAAGAGCACAUUCAAAGAAACCUACACGUGUCCAGCAAUACAACCACCAACUUUCUCGUCCCAUUCAAUCCAUCAGAAUAGACGAGUCCACACUUCCGAGGACCACAGAAUCUGCUUGCGUCACAGGGGUGAUUCGAUCGUUCGAAUGUGAACACGUGAACGCAAUUUCCGUUCUAAGAGCGCGUUCGAAUUUUGGCAGAAAUGAUUAUAUAACCCUGCACAUGACGUAAAGAUUUUUGUCGUUCGCGGAAGUGAUGAGUCGCCUUUUACAUUUCUCCAUGAACAUUUUCCAAAACGUUUUUCUCAAUGUUCGAAAUAUAUGAAAUGUGGUCAGUCCAGAAAUAUAGUAUAUAGUAUACGGUAUGGUUUUAUCGUGAGAAAACGGUCUAUAAGACAGGAAUAUUUAUCUGUGCUCCGUUCGUGCUGCUAUGUCCAAAUGUCUCUUUCGAGUGACACCAACUGUUCUUAUGGUUUCAGGACUUUUGAUAUUAUGUAUAUGACGACGAAAGACGAUAUCAACUCAUGUAUAGGAGAUGUAUUGGUACACAAUAAUGGAGGUUUAUAUGAAUGUUUUGUAUAAGAAACAGAUAUAACCGAGCUGUUGUAUAUGUUGAUAUUUUGUACUAGGUGUGAGCUUCAAGGUCAAGAAUCGCUGCACCAUUGACUUUGAACUGUUCGCAAUAAGACAUGUUCAUUAUUCUGACCUGAUGUCUUAAACGAAUUUUAGGCACGUUGCAUGACAUUGUAUAAGACUCGUCUGUACUAUUUAAUUCUAUUUCUUAGCCAGCCUCAAGACCACAUUCCACCGGGCGGCGAUCGCGCACGACCUACAAAUUGGAUUUGUGUAAAUCCUAAUUUGAUAAAUGGGGUAUCAUGCAAAUUAUAGAAAUAUGACUGGAAAGACCACAAAACACAAAGUGGUUCGUUUUUGACGAUGAAAUUUGUUCAGCGAUCAGCCCGGUUCUGGUGGCAAAGCGAGGUCCCAGUGGGGUCACCGCCCUAGUGGAAUGGGGUACAGACAUACUGGAAAGGUUGAUUUACUACUUCAAAUGUUAAAAUUUUUCUACAUUUCCCUUUGUUGUUUAAGACAUUUCUCAAAGGCUAUAAGGAGGUUAGUUUCCCCUCUCAUAGCCAGGCUGGAACGGAUAAGAAAUCCCGAACAUUAACCGACAGCACCCUAGCCUUGAAUAUAUCCUGUUCUAGCUCCGGUUCGCUUAAUCUGAUUGCUUUCCUUGUCAAAUAGUCUGGCACCGGCUCACAUAGAGACAAGAGGCAUUUGGAUGUUUCGAACUUGUCGAUGGUCGCCAUAUGUGAAGAGAUAAUCGUGAAAAAAACGAACAUAAAACCACCGCGGACAUUUACCCUUAUAUACAGAACGGUGGUAGGGCCAAACGUUCAAAUCAACGGUCGGUUGAGCUAGUCGUAGCUAGAAUAGGAUCAGGCUAGCGGUACUCUUUCAGUUACUUCACUUUCGAAAGUGCCUGAGACUUCAUAGCACAUCGUAUCCGAAUCAAAGUAACAUCAGCCAGACUUUUAAGUAACGUUUUUACGGCCUGUUAAGUUUGAUGAAACCAUUGAAAUCUUACUUAAAAUACUACCUUGCACUCAGACAUUUUGUGUCUGAAUUGUGUUGGUACUUACAUGAGUAUCUAAGAUCCCAACCAUUGUGGCCAUUUGUCGAUUUGCUGCAUGUAAAACCGCGUCAAACCAACGUCAAUCGCAUGCCUUGCUAGCUACGUAUAUCACGUCGCUUUGUAUGUAGUCUUUGCUGUAUGGAAUUGAAUGUGCAGAAAUCUUGAUAUGAAAGAAGUAGAAGUGUACAAAUAUCUUUGUGUAUAUAUUAUAUAUCUCUAUGGUUCUAUACUAAGGUGUACAGAGUAAACCCUUGUAUAAAGUUGUCAUCGGAAGGUGAAACUGAGUUUGUAACUUUUUCGUACCUGUAAGAACUGUUAAAAUGGUUUCGUCCAAAAAUCGAACUGUGCCGAAAGUUUCGCAAUAAAAUAUCUAUUGUCGUCA